UGACACUGCUGCAUCAGAAGUGAAUAAGUCGCCGGAAAAAUCAAUACAGAUGUUCAGAUCUCUCAAACUAAAGCGAUCCCUCCAAUCCUUCGUCACCCACCACAAAAACCCACAUUUCAAUCAUAGCCUCGAACCCUUAUCUUCAUCCACCAGUAAAACCCUUCCAUUAAACCUCAUACGUCAAUUCUCUUCAUCAUCACCACCGCCAAACCAGCCACCGCUCUCCGCCGCUUCAGCUACUUCCUCUGAGCUUCGAAAAUACCUUGGAUACUCCGCGCUCCUCCUCAGCUGUGCCGUCGCUACUUACUACUCCUUCCCUUUCCCUGAAAAUGCAAAACACAAGAAGGCCCAACUCUUCCGGUACGCCCCUCUUCCCGACGACCUUCACACGGUCGUUAAUUGGAGCGGGACUCAUGAAGUACAGACCCGGGUCUUUCUCCAACCCGAAACUUUAGAGGAAUUGGAGACCAUUGUGAAAGAUGCCAAUGAGAAGAAGCAGAAGAUUCGACCUGUUGGGUCAGGGUUAUCCCCGAAUGGGAUCGGGUUGGCCCGUGCUGGGAUGGUGAAUCUGGCUUUGUUGGAUAAAGUUUUGGAGGUGGAUAAAGAGAAGAAAACGGUUCGAGUGCAGGCGGGAAUUCGGGUCCAGCAGCUUGUUGAUGCUAUCAAGGAUUAUGGCAUUACUUUGCAAAACUUUGCAUCUAUCAGAGAACAGCAGAUUGGAGGCAUUGUUCAGGUCGGUGCACAUGGUACUGGUGCAAAGUUGCCUCCGAUUGAUGAGCAGGUUAUUAGCAUGAAAUUGGUUACCCCUGCAAAGGGAAUGAUCGAAAUCUCAAAAGACAAGGACCCUGAACUAUUCUUCUUAGCUCGCUGUGGGCUAGGUGGGUUGGGGGUUGUUGCUGAAGUCACUCUUCAGUGUGUUGAGAGGCAAGAGCUUGUAGAGCACACGUUUGUCUCUAACUUGACUGAAAUCAAGAAAAAUCACAAAAAGCUUCUUAACGACAACAAGCAUGUAAAGUACCUUUAUAUACCGUAUACCGACACUGUUGUAGUUGUGACAUGUAACCCUGUUUCUAAAUGGAGAGGCCCACCCAAAUAUAAGCCCAAGUAUAGUCCGGAUGAAGCUUUACAGCCUGUUCGUGAUCUAUAUCAAGAAUCAAGAGAGAGGUACAGAGGCCAACCAAUGGCAACUUCAUCUACGGACGAAAAUGAACCAGAAAUUUCCAGCCUUACCUUUACUGAGCUAAGAGAUAAAUUACUAUCCCUUGAUCCUCUUAACAAGGACCAUGUUCGAAAGAUCAAUCAAGCUGAGGCUGAGUUUUGGAAGAGAUCGGAAGGAUACAGGGUAGGCUGGAGUGAUGAAAUUUUGGGGUUCGAUUGUGGUGGCCAACAGUGGGUCUCAGAGACAUGCUUUCCAGCUGGAACUUUAUCAAAACCAAAUAUGAAGGACCUCAAAUACAUAGAGGACGUUAUGGAGCUGAUAGAGAAAGAAGAGAUACCUGCACCUGCACCUAUAGAACAGAGAUGGACUGCUUCUAGCAGAAGUUUGAUGAGUCCAGCUUCAAGCUCAUCAAAUGACGAUAUAUUCUCAUGGGUGGGUAUAAUCUUGUAUCUUCCUACAACAGAUGCUCGCCAGAGGAAACAAAUAACAGAAGAAUUCUUCCACUAUAGGCACCUGACUCAAUCACGCCUUUGGGAUCAAUAUUCUGCUUACGAACAUUGGGCUAAGAUUGAGGUUCCAAAAGACAAAGCCGAACUUGCAGCACUGCAGGCAAGGUUAAGAAAGCGAUUUCCGAUAGAUGCAUUCAACAAAGCACGGAUGGAGUUGGAUCCAAACAAGAUCCUUUCCAAUGGCAUGCUGGAAAAGAUGUUUCCGUUAGAUGAUAAUGGCACUUCUUCCUUGUAAUCUUGUGUCGAAAUUUAGCUGUGCAUCACAUAAAGAGGAUACAAAAACUAAAAGGGUACGAAACAAUGGGAAUACUGUCAUCAUAUCCUACAGUUAUGAUAUCAUAUGAUAU